GUCCUGCAGCUGCACGUCCGCUCGAUAACUUGCCCUGGAGUGCUGCUGAAAGACAAAGAGGAACUUUAUCUCAGUGUCUCCGUACUUGGACAGUAUAAAAAAACUCAGUGCGUCCCUGCAGCAUUUCCACUCAUCUUUCAAGAAAAACUACUGUUUGAGAAGGAGUUUGCUGAUAUAGUUGAUCCUGGAGACCUUGUGGAGUUACUGGAAUUUGACACAGCAGUACUCGAACUAAUACAGCUCGUUCCUCCAGGAGGAAAAAUUCUAGCUACAUAUGAAGAAAAUACAAGAGAUUUCCUGUUCCCUGACCCUAAGCGUACCCAUGGGCACCAUGGUUUAGAUCGUGAGAUUUUAAUGAAGAGGUCCUCUUCCUUUACAGGAAUUGCACCAAAAUUGAGAUUUUCUACAAGCUCCCUUAUUACAGAAAGUCUCUUAAGCUCAGGAAGGAGUCACAUACAGGGUGACUUGAAUUGGGUACAUCACUCAACCCCAAAUGGAAAACUGCAAACAAAGUUACCAAAGAAGAAUACUCUUUCACCUGAGAAAAGCAGGCACAGCUUAGCAACAAAGAACUACGAGCUGCCUACAAUAGCUUCUAAAUCACGUUCUCCAUCUCCGUACACUAGAAGGCGAAUGUGUGAGCUAUCAACAGAAGCCAGGCAGCGACUGGCCCAUUUAAACCUCGGUCCUUACGAAUUCAGAAGAGAAACUGAUAAACCUCCAUUUGUAGUGAGACGGGUUGAACAAUCAAGUCCUAGUAUUAAACUUCAUACUUGCUGUCCCACGCAAGAAAGCUCAGCAGAAGCCUGGACCAAGGCAGACUAUGAUCCUUCUCUUCUUGGCAGCUACAGACCCAAGAAAGCUGAAGCAAAGUCUACUCAUGGAAAGGACUUUGAGAGUUCCCAUCUUUGCCGUGAGGAUGUGAUCUCAGAUCCACGCAACAGACGGUCCCGCUCUGCUGGUUCACUGGAGCAGGCAGCACCUCCAGCAUUCCAGAAGCAUUCUCCAAGUUCUGUGCUAAACCGAUCUUCUCUAAGGGAAAGAUUUAGCUCUGGUUGGCCUUCACCAGCAAAUGGAGAUGAGAUCCAUAAAAGAGUGAAAAAUAUUUUAAGGACACACAGUGCUAGACAGCGCCUAAUAUUUGAUGAGAGUAACUCAUCAAAAGGAGACGUGACUAAGACAAGAGAAUCUUCUCCCAAAGCUCCCUUGUCCGUGAGUGAACUGCAGGGCAGCUCACCAGUGCAGCAGAACUGUACUGUUCAAUUGGAUAAUGGUGAAUAUUGGUCUAGUCGUGCAGCUGCAUACAAAGGAAAGCCUCGCAGAGCAAUCUUUGAAGAGAGUCUCGAGAAAAUAUACAGAAACAUGUACCGAAAAGCUUCUGGCACUGUUUCAGACUCCUGA